ACCUACUUGGUGUAAAAGUGAAUGCACAAAAUACAUUUUAAAAAAUUUUAUUCUCUUGACCCGUUAAGUUUGCUCGGUUGUCUGUUUGGAGGAACCCAUAACAGACCCCUUUAUACGGACCCAUAGACUGCUGAGUGGGGGAGUUCUGAUUUUAACUGCAAAAUAAAUUUCAGAUUCAUUUCAUUUAUUUAUUCAUCAUUCAUCUUCAGUAAGAACUUUAUCCAGGUCUGGCAUGCACCGGAUCUGGAGUCUACCCCGGGAACAUCGGAACACAGGACACAUGGAGGGAAUUCAGCCUUCCCUCAGUUCAGUUUCUCUGAACGGAUAGGAGGGCUCCAUUCUGUUGCACAACUGAUCGAACUCUAAAAAUCUUGUAGAUUUGGUUGUCUCUCUACGGGUCCUCUAUGCAGUGGUCACACAGAAACACACAUGCUGCAAAAGACAUGCAAACCUUCAGACACAAGUUUCGGAAAACCCAACAUGAUGACAGUACAGAUGAUUAUUUGGAGGAUGAUGAAGAGUUACCGAAUCUGCGUUUUUACCAAAACGACAUGCCUUUCUACCCUGAUGGUGUGUUGAUUAAGGAUUUUCACAUUUUCUGGUUUGGUGACUACGACAGGCUGGAAUAUGUGCACUCCUACAUUCAAUGGCUGUUUCCAAUUCAGGAGAAGGGAAUGAACUAUGCAUCACGUGAACUUAGCCUAAAAGAAAUCAAGCUGUUCCGUACAGAUGAGGAGGUGCAGAGAAGAUUGUUGACGUCUUACAAGCUCAUGUUGGACUUCUAUGGCAUAGAACUUGUCAGCGAGGACAGUGGAGAAGUGAAACGUGCAAAAAACUGGAAAGAGCAAUUUGCAAACUUAAAUAGAAACACACACAACAAUCUUCGCAUUAUACGCAUCCUAAAGUGCCUGGGUUUACUGGGGUUUCGUCACUAUCAAAAACCGCUGGUUCAUUUCUUCCUUGAGGAGACUCUAGUCAAUAACCAACUUCCACGAGUAAAGUACAGCGUUCUGGACUACUUUAUGUUCGCAGUUCUGGACAAAGAUGAACGAAAAGACCUGAUCAAAUAUGCAUACUGUCAUUUUAAGCCAAAAGAGGAUUUUGUGUGGUGUCCUAGGAGGAUUCGUAAUAAAUUGGAAAAAGAAACAGUGAGCCACAAAUUAAAUGCUGGUUCCAAUGAAGGAGAAUCAAGUGAUUCAACCUCUCAAAGUGAACAGAAUGAUCUGAUGAACAGCAGAGUACACAAGAAAAAUGAAUUCAAAACAGAUACUAAUGAAGACACAGGUAAUAAUAAAUCUCUUCGCUGUGAAAGCAGAAAUGAUGAGAAUGUGUCAGGUGAGAGUCAAGAUUCUGAGGAACAGGCUUCACAGCAUACUGAAAGAGAUUCCAAAGAAAAUGAUUCAAAAGAAAUCCAGAAGAGUGACAGUGAAUCAUCAGAAGACAGUAUGGCGACUGGAACUGCCACAAACACUGAGGCAAAUUCUACACACUAUGAUGCAGAAAAAUCAUCAGAUCAGAAUAGUUCUAAAUAUACUUUCUCUCCUGGAGAGGCCAAUGCAUCAAGUUGAACCUAUGAACAAACCUAUGAUCAAAACAUCUGGAUAAGAAACGUAGAAAUUGAGCAGAAAGAGAACAAUUGAGGGGAUGAAUUACUUAAUGAAGUCUAUUUUAAUCAAUUGAACAAGAAAAAAUGAAUAGAAAUAAUGUUUUUGUGUUUUCUGCAAAUCUGUUGAUAUCAGAGUGUGUAUUUUAUGACUAAAUAAAAUGUAGGAAUUCUGAUCCUGUCAAAGAAUGUGUUUCAUAACUGUCCCUCAGUGGUGGAAUGAACUUCCAACCUCAAUCCAGACAGCAGAAUCUGUCACUAUCUUCAAAAAACAGCUAAAGACCCACCUCUUCCGUGAACACCUAACUAAGCCCUAAAAUGAAAACCCCACAUUAUCCUUAAUAAAUAACUACAUAAAUAAAUAAAACCUACUCUGACACUUUCACCUCUACUCUGCACACUUUGCUUUUCUAGAACUCAAUUAAAAGAUGUUCUGUUGUAGCACUAUUUGUAUUGUUCUCUGCUUGAUAUCGUUGUAUUGUUCUCGCUUUGCUUGUAUUUCCUCAUUUGUAAGUUGCUUUGGAUAAAAGCAUCUGCUAAAUGAAUAAAUGUAAAUGUAAUAAACAGUGGAUGAA